AUGAUUAUCAGUGUGUAAACUCAAUAAAUUAGAACUCUCCGCAGCAAUUUGGGAAACAGGAGAUCGAGAUGGCUAUUUCGGUUACACUUACUGCCCCCUUAAUUCUUUAUCCUUCCUUCUCCUCCUCUUCUUCUUCACCUCCCCCAGUUUCAAUUGUCUCCUGCUCUACUCCACUUUCCUCAUAUAAAAAUAUAGCCAAAAACACUCGUUUCAGCACUUCAGUGACUACCAAGAAAAGGAAUCGCAGCUUCAUUUGCAGGGCUGCAGAGUACAAAUUCCCUGACCCAAUUCCUGAAUUUGCUGACGCUGAGACUGAAAAAUUUAGGACCCAUUUGGUUAAGAAGCUCUCCAAGAAAGACAUAUUUGGAGAAUCUGUUGAAGAAGCCGUAGGAAUCUGUACUGAGAUCUUCAGUGAUUUCUUGCAUACGGAGUACGGUGGCCCGGGAACACUCUUGGUCAUUCCAUUCAUCGAUAUGGCCGAUACGCUAAAAGAAAGAGGUUUGCCUGGAGGUCCUCAAGCUGCACGAGCAGCUGUAAAAUGGGCUCAAAAUCACGUCGACAAGGACUGGAAAGAAUGGACUAGAAGCUAGUGUUUGUUCAGCGUCGAAUGCUGAAGAUAUCACAUUGCUAGUCUGGCUGGAGCUCUAUAAACUCAUCUAGCAGUCUGAGAUCUUUGCGGAAGUAGCGAAAAAUGUUCAGCACAUUCUCUGGGAAUCGGGGGCUCUAUAAACUUAUGCAGCAGUUUUCUGUCUUUGUUAAGUUGCAUGGAAAGAGAGAAUUGUAUGGCAAAACUUUGUCACUUUCAUAUGAGAAUGUUCGAUUCUACGUUCAAUCCAUAUGGUAGACAAGUUGGUUUAUCAUUCCAUGGUUUUGUAUAACAUUAUCAAAAUCCCAUGAGUUGAAAAACGCUAAACAAGACUCUCUAUCGAAUUACUGGAAUAAAACGUGUUGCUAAAUUUUUACUGUC